AUGGAUAGUUUGCCGGUACUAAUGUAUGAUUGGAUGCAACUUGCUUCUUUAUCAAACCAGCGUCCUCAUGAAAGGUUGGAUAUCUCCUACUCUUGCGAGAUACAAGAGAGCCCCGUGCACCUGAAAUUCCCAAUGUUAAGAGGGGAGAAAAGUGCAAUACCUCUCUUGUAUCUCGCAAGAGUAGGAGAUCCAACCUUUCAUGAGGACGCUGGUUUGAUAAAGAAGCAAGCUGCAUCCAAUCUUACAUUAAUACCGGCAAACUAUCCAUUGGCUUCGGCAGCCCCUCUACUUUGUGCUGGAAUUACUGUUUAUGCUUCAACGGUACGCCAUAAGAUGAACCAACCUGGUAAAUCUCUAGGGGUGAUUGGCCUUGGUGGCCUGGGUCACAUGGCAGUGAGGUUUGGCAAGGAAUUUGGUUUGAAUGUAACAAUUUUCAGCACUAGUAUAUCCAAGAAAGAGGAAAGCUUUAAGUCAGCUGGGUGCAGAUAA